GUAUAUGCAUUGGGCUGUCAAUCCCUCAUGGCCACUCAUGGCUCAUGGUACAAUUUACAUGAUCUCAAGUAGUUUAUAUUAAUAUUGCAACAUGUAAUGACAUUGUCUCAAAAAUCAUUAAUAUCAAUAUUUAAGAAUAUGUCGCAUCCUUAUGGGCGGGGUUCGUAUCCACGAAGUGGUCGUUCAGGUUAUUCCAAUUAUGAACAACAUAGAGAUAGAGAUGGUUAUGGAGGAAAUACUGGAGAACACUCUGGAUAUGAGGAAUUUCAAGGUAGAGGUAGAGGAAAAGGGAGAGGUCAUCCACCAGGACUUAAAGGAAGAGAGAUAGGACUUUACUAUAGAGACAAAGCAAAGAAACAAAAUUCACAUCGUGAUUCGCACAGAGACUAUUUAGAUAUAAAUUUAAAUGCCAACACUGAGGAAGACAUUAGAUUAAUGUUGCGAAGAAUUGAAAGGUCCAAGCAAAAUGAGGAUUCAAAUUACACUAAUGAAAAAAAUGGUGACCUUAAAGACAAGUAUACUCACAUAAAUGAUUCUCAUUUUAAGAGAAAGUUUCUGGAAAUUGUUUCUGGUAAUAUACAACAGAAUUUAGCUAAGUCCAUGUUAUUGGAAUCUAAACUGGAACGAAAUAACUCUUUAAAUCAAGAAUAUUUAGAAGAGUUCAAAAUAAAACAGAGAUCAGCAGAAUAUAAAACUAUGCUUAAAUUUCGAGAGAAGUUACCCUCUUUCCAAAAAAGACAGGAAAUUCUUGACCUUGUGCGUGAUAAUCAAGUGAUUGUUAUUAGUGGAGAGACAGGCUGCGGAAAAACAACACAGAUUGCCCAAUUCAUAUUAGAUGAUGAAAUUGAAAAGGGCAAUGCAAGCAUUACAAAAAUAAUUUGUACACAACCAAGAAGAAUUUCUGCAAUUUCAGUAGCUGAACGUGUUGCUGCAGAAAGAGCAGAAAAUCUAGGAAAUUCAGUUGGUUUUCAAAUAAGAUUAGAAAAAGUUCCAGCUAGAGACUCAGGAAGCAUAUUAUUUUGUACUACUGGUUUAAUGUUACAAUUUAUGCAAAGCGAUCCAGCAUUACGAAAUUACUCACAUAUUAUUUUGGAUGAAAUUCAUGAACGUAAUACCGACAGCGAUUUUAUUAUUACUCUUCUGAAACAAAUAAUUCCGAAAAGACCGGACUUGAAAAUUAUUUUAAUGAGUGCUACUUUGAAUUCAGAUCAAUUCUCUAAGUAUUAUAAUAAUUGUCCCAACAUACAUAUACCAGGGUUUACCUAUCCAGUUCAAGAAUUCUUUUUGGAGGAUGUUUUGCAAAUCACCAGAUUUGAAUUUCCUGAAAUUGGGCCAGCUCUGACUGGCUAUAGGAAAUACAUAAAAAAGCACAAAAAAGAACGGCAAAAAUUUGAUGAUUUUUGUGAUUUUAUUGAACCAUAUGUUAGACAUCUAGAAUCUGAGAAAAAGUAUUCAGAUUUCGUUUUGAAACAAUUACGUAAUCCAAGAAGCGAGGAACUUUCGUUAGAUCUAGUGGAGAUUCUCACAAAACACAUUUGUACAUCGAAACCACCAGGAGCAAUUUUGAUAUUUUUACCAGGAAUAAUGGAUAUAUCAAAAUUGCAUAAAAUAAUGGUGACUAGUGGAAAAUAUCCACCUGGAAAUUAUAUUAUUUAUCCAUUACAUUCAAGAAUGCCUACUGUAGACCAAAAAAUUAUCUUUCAAAAACCCCCAUCGGGUGUACGAAAAAUUAUUAUCGCUACAUCUAUUGCGGAAACAUCGAUUACAAUUGAAGACGUGGUUUACGUCAUUGACUGUGGAAAAAUGAAAUUAACGAACUUCGAUCUGGAAAAUAAUAUUCUUACCCUAGAGCCGGAAUGGGUUUCUUUGGCUAAUGCAAAACAAAGAAAGGGUCGAGCUGGAAGAGUACAGUCUGGUACAUGCUAUCAUCUUUACUCUAAAGCCAGAGAACUGACUUUCGAUCAGUACCCUUUACCAGAAAUGUUACGAACUAGACUGGAAGAAGUAAUUCUCCAAGCAAAAAUAUUGCAAUUAGGGAAGAUACAAUCCUUUCUGGCAGGGGUGAUAGAUCCUCCGGAUCCUAAAGCUGUCGAACUCUCUUUGGAUUUACUCCGAAAGUUAGAAGCUCUUGAUAGUGAUGAAAACUUGACACCAUUAGGUUAUCACUUGGCCCAAUUACCUUUGGAUCCACGAACAGGCAAGAUGAUUAUAUGGGGUGCCCUAUUUUCUUGUGUUACUCCCGUGUUUGCGAUUGCAGCAAGUUUAACAUUCAAGGACGCAUUUUAUUGUCCUUUGGGAAAGGAAGAUGAGGCUCGAGAGAAAAAACUAAAACUUGGCUUAGAUCAGUACAGCGAUCACGUAGCUCUGGCCGAAGCAUUGCGGCGUUUUGAGCAGGGACAAAAGUGGCGUGGUUCCAAUUCUUACUGCAGAGAAUAUUUUCUGUCGGGGAACACGUUAAAAUUGUUAUCCGACAUGAAGCGUCAGUUUGCACUUCACUUAUCAGAAAUGAAGUUUCUUGAUAGCGGUGAUCCGAAUGAUCAAAGGUCCAAUAGAAACUCCAAUAAUUUAGCGUUGGUGAAGGCAAUUGUAUGCGCCGGUCUUUAUCCAAACAUCGCUCGAACGAAAUCGAGUGGUCAUCAUCAUCAUCAUCAUAAAACUGCAAGGAAUCAUUCCGUCAAGAUUUGGACUCCGGAAGAUGGACCAGUGAAAUUGCAUCCAUCAAGCAUUAAUGAUAAGGGUGGACCAUUUCCUAGUCCUUACAUGACUUAUUUCACGAAGCAACGUUCCACGGCCAUUUUCUUGCAUGAUACAACGUGCAUCAGUCCGAUAGCUUUGCUUUUAUCAGCACCAAUUAACUCAAUAAACGAGGAGAAGGGGUAUUGUGUCAUUACUGUAUCGAACUUUUUAAAAUUUAAAUGUCAACCAGGAUCUGCUGAUAUUAUUCAGAAAUUACGUAAAAAACUGGAUUUUCUACUAGAGUACAAGAUUGCCCAUCCAGGAACGGUACGGUGGGAUCAUUCAGAAGGAGCUGUAUUGAGCGCUAUUAUCGAGCUUAUUACGGAAGCGGACGAAGAAAUGGGAUUGAAAUGUCGCGGUAAAUACGGUCUUAAUUUUUCUAACGACAAUUCUGAUUAAUCUCGUAAUAAUGUAGCCUGGCUAAUUAGUUUAGUUAUUCGUUAAAUAUUUAUUUAAAACAAUAUUCUAUCAGACAUUAUGACAAAGAAGGAGCACCGAAAGAAAAAUUGAAGCCACAGAUAUUUUUACAGCCACCGCCUGUAAAUUAUGCAAAAUAAACAUUGACGAAUCGUUUGAAAAAUUUAAUACAGCGCCAAAUACUUUUAUCUUUCUCGUUCACGCUGUACAAACAGAUCCGUUCGAUUUCUUCAUGUAAACGGUAACGUAUAAUCGUCUUAUUUGCACAAGGAUAAAGAAGUCAUUAACCCCGAGCGAUUUCUCCUUAUUUCCUCUACGAUUAACGAGAAAAAUGCAUACUAUGCCGGAAGAGCAAAAGUCAAUGAAGGAGAGAACGAAGCAAGAAGUAAUGAAACAGCCUCACAGAAGUAACGUCUCCCUUGCAUUAAAAACAUUGACACUCAGAAUCAAACGUUUGUUCUCAUCGAGAUGAAUUAUCCGUAGCAAUUUUUGUUUGGUUCCUUUCUAUUCAUUAUUACACCCAUUAGUAAUUAUACCAUGGGUAUAUAUUUUAAUUAAGUUCCGUAUAACUUAUACAGUACAAGUUACGUAGUCGGUAUAUAUACAUUCGUAUGUUCAUCCCGAUAGCGACUUCUUAAAGAAAAGUUGAACAGCCGUGAACUAUUCCAUAAGCUAUAACCACAUAGACUACAGUAUAUUCAUAUAGCACGUAAAUACAGUAUACAAAUCAUAUACAUAUAAUAUUAUGUUGUAGUAGUAUAUGUAUAUACCGGUAACGCACGUUCAAGCAUACUCAGCAUUAGACCACCAUAAAGGCACUGGGCAUAACGAGGCACCUAUCAAUCAUAAUUAUCAAUUAUACGAUAAUGUUUCCUGCGGAGUACUGGAAAAGGUGUCGUGGUACGAGACGAUAUACAUAAAUGCUGCAUACGUAUACACAUGAUUGCUUGUACGUGUCAAUGACAUCCGAACGUAAAAUGUAAAACCGAAAGUGUUUAGCGAGUAAGAGGAAAAGUGAUGUAGAAAUAAUUUUAAAGGAUCGACAUCCCAAAGAAAUGUGUUUCACAUAACAUUAGACUUUGUACCAUUGGCUCUAUGUUUUGCGUAGUCCGAUUCUUCCGUGCUGAAGGAAGUGCAGUGAAAUGCACCCUCUCUGGCAGCGCGACCACGAUGCAUCGCGUUGCUAGAAAGCGGAAAGGCUGCAAAGAGGGGGAAGAGGGGGGGGGGUCUCUGUAAAGAGUAGUUGUAAGUAGAUGUAAAGGAGCGAGGUCAGAAAGAGUACUAAAAGGCAGGUAAUGAGAUCGAGAGAGCGAGAGAGUCUGGUUGAGGGAAGAAAGAGAGAGAAAAGAGACAGGGUGGGAGGGGGGGGGGGAAGGAAUACAAUAAUUGCAUUUCCGGUGAGCCGUUGUGCAUCCCGAGUGGGGUCCCCCGACAUAGCAGGCCGAUCCGAACCCCAAGUAUUACAUUCUCUUUAAUGCAUAAGCAAAAUAACGUGCAAAAACGUCGCCGAUACGAGCAAUGGUUCUGAUAUAAUGUGAAAGAUAAGAAAAUAUUGUAUAAGAAAAAAA